CCCAUCCCUCUUCAGCCUUCCAGCUUAUCUUUUGCCGAAGUUUCGCGCUUGGACAGCCGCUGUGUUGGAAGCGGGACGUGGUCAGGGAGGCCCCCGCUUGCCUUAGUAGCCCCACUCAGGGAGGAUUCCUGAAGAAGUGGGAAGGGCGGGGGGGUCGUUGCGAUGAAUGUACUUGCCUAAUGACAGAACGGCCAGGCCGAGGGCUGGGGCUAGAAGGAAGAAGCCGCUGGGCGUCCCGCUGGGCCGACAAAACCGCUCCAAAAAGCUCCGGCAGCUUUCUCAACCUGAGUCCGAAUCAAACGACCCGAGCAGAGCAGCGUUGCUUGGCCUGCCCCUGCCCCUGCCCUUGCCCCGUCUGGCGGCAACAACUCGAGGGGGCAAACCCCGCCUUUUCCCAGAGGGGACCCACCAGGGACAGGAAGAUGAGAUGCCAGAUGAAGUCAAUAUUGAUGAUCUCCUGGAGAUGGACACAGAUGAGGAGAGGGCCAAGAAAUUACAGGGCACCUUGGAAUCAUGCCACAACAACACGGAGGACUUCACCAGAGAGCUGCUGGAGAAGCUGAGAGGCCUCAGAACAGAACAUGUUCUCCGCCGGACAAGUCCCAGCAGCCAGAGGAACAUGGACAAGGGCCCCAAAGUUCCACAGUGACUGUGACCCUGGAGAGCUGCAGAGACGGCUGAGCUGCUGGAAGAACUUGCUGCUGUCUCCCUGCCUCUAGUAGGAUGGACUGGCUCCAUGGCUUUGGCCACCUCCACCCUGCCGGGAAGGUCUCCUAGGCCCUUUUGAACUUCUCUCUCUGAUGGAUGACAGGCUCUGCUGGGCUGCCUCCCCACAAUAAAGUGCUCUGUCCCCCAGAAGCUCAACUGUUGCCUCUGCCAGAGCAGGGUGGGGGAGACAGGACCUUAUGAUGAUUGGGACCCUUGUGAGAGAGAACCUGGCCAGAAGAGAGUUUGCCUCCUAUGAAGCACUCUGGACGUUUCUGGCUGUCACCCAGAACCUUCGUCUGUGUUUGCACACCCUUGGCUAUAUUUUUUCUAGCUGGGCAUGUUUGACACAGUCUGCCUGAUAUCCAGGGCCAUGAAAUCUUAGAAACAGGUUCCUUGCCCAAUCCAUCCCUCAGCAGCCUCCCUGUAGCCGGUGAGGUGAACUGAAGGCAGCAGGCUUUACUAGAGUCUCACAGCUGUGACUCCAGCCGGGUCUAUAACAAUUCGCCAUGGCCAACUUGCCAUGGCCAAUUAACUCUGGGACAACUUACUCCAGGACAAGAGUUACACUAAUAUCAAAGAAAUAGUGUACUAGAAUCAUUAAAGAAAGGAUGCCAAAGGAGGGAUGGAAUGAAACGUGAAUUGCAAAAAUUAAAGUAUUUUUUAAAUUUAUUUUAAAUAAUUAAACAGAAUAAAUUGUCCUGCAACAAGUUGUCCCAUGGUGAGUUGGCCACAGCAAAUUUGCCAUGGUGAGUUGCCCGUGGCAAGUAGCUCCAUUCUGACCACAGCCAGCCUUUCCAUGUUUCAGACAACCACCUCAGUCAGACAGAGACACUGAGUCCUGCUUCCUCUCCUCCCCACACACCCUCACCUGGGACCCAGAGAGGAGUCUUCCAAGUUAGAAGCUGCUUCAGGAGUCCAGCAGCACUUUGUGCUUCCUUCUUGCCGGGGGUGGGGGGGUGGAGGUCUGCAUGGUUCAGCAGGAAGUGGGGGGUCCCACAUGUUCAGCCGACCUUCCAGCAACUGGGCCUGCGGCAGCCCUCUCAAUCCAGUCUUCCCUGUAGCUUCUGGAUCCCCCAGCAUUAUCUGGCUACAGAAGGCCUUCUCCCAGGCCCCACAGAUGUCUGUGUGCAUAUGGCUUCCCAAGUGCCUCCCCCACCCCUUGCCAUUACUGUCUCUGCAAGUCAAUGUGUACCAGCUACUGCCUGCCUCAGUCCAAGCCAGGGGGAGGGGGGGAGAUCCUUUCCCAGGGAGGGAGGGAAGAUGCUUGCAAAGGGAAGCUGGGUCAGGCUCUCCCUCCCUCCAUCCCAUGGCUGGUCCAGCAGACACUGGAGCCUCUGAAGCUUGUGCCCUUAUUUGGGAACAGGCAAAGGCUGGAAAGGGGAGGGACUUGAUGGCCAGCUCAGCUGGGCCCUUUUGUCCUCCCUUGGCCUAGAUGCCCACAGCCCUCCCCCCCCCCAAGAAAGGACUUUUUCGGAGGGGGGGGUUGGCAGGAGGGGGAGUGCUGAACAAGGGUAGGAGGAGAGCCCAGUCAGCAUUGGGGGUUCCUUUUUUAUGGGCUGCUCUGGCAAAUGAUUUUUACCUUAAUUCUUCCUCCUCCUCUUCAAAAAAAUCCUUAUUGAAAAUUUAAAAGAGAAAUGCUGGUAAAAAAACCAGUAAUAUUCAACAAAUUAAUUAUGAGUAUUAACAAAAUGAGGAAAAUGGCAUUUUCAAAAAUGGAUAAGUCACACUUCCUGAAUACAGUCUUUGCUACUGACCACUUUUCCAAUCUCUCAAUGUAAUUCUCAAAUAAACCCCUCAGAAACACCCCUGUGAUCAACUCCCACAGUUUCAUAAUAUAGUUAAAAUAACAUUGACAAAUGAAACUUGAAACGUUCACAGCCAAAUUAGAUAGUUCCUGGAAACGAAACAUCAAAACUUUAAUCCCAGUCUGUAUAUAAUAAUUGUAUAAUGUGCAAUCCCAAAAUUAACAUUGAAUUAACUCACUUCAUUGUCUUUUACACGUUAUUGUUUUAUAGUGAGGUGAAUUAUUGUUUAGUGUCCAAAUACAAUGGGAUUAAGUUUCUGUGUAUGUAUAAAUGCAUUUAGGUCAAACAUUAUUGUUUAGUUUUGUAGAUGUUAUGUUUUAUUGUUAUGUGCUGUUGGCCACACAGAGUUGCUGUAGUGAGAAGGGCAGCUGUACAUGAAUCAAAUAAAUAAAGAAACAGGAGUGGCUUGAGCAUGUUCAGCAUAUUCAGGGAAGACUAGAUUUAGUUUGUUCCCCAGAUCAGGCUUGAGCCAAAAUAGAACGAAGCCCCAAAUCACCAACUGCAGCCUUGGGCGUCUGGGCUGUUGCCAUUCUCCUGUGCUUUGAAAGGCUCUCGAUACUCAUUACUUCUCAAUCCAGACCCCCAGUUUAGUGACUUCUCUGGCAUUUGGGGGGGGGCACUUUGACUGUAAAUUAAAAGCCCGUGCUCUGGCUCUGGCCCUGCCUAGCCCGGCCCUGGACCUUGUGGCAUUCCUGUUGUGGCAAAGGCUUAACAGAAAGGGCCGGUAAGAUCCCAGACCCCAAAACAGGUUCCCUGUCUGCUGGAGAAAGAGCCUUUCUACUUCAAGAGGAUUGCUUGCUCCCCAGACAGUCCCUGGUUUCAUCUGCAAAAGAUGGGCCUCUGGGGACUAAAACCACCUUUGCUCACUUCCAGAAUCAGAAGCAAUGCAUAACCAGUGACAGUGGCCUUUGUUGCCCUGCGAGACACAUGGGCAGAACUCUGAGGGCGAUCAUUCUAAGGGAGGGCAAAAGGAGCCAGGAGGUCAAGCUUUGCCUUGUCAUAUUAGGGUUAUUGGCAGUCCGUAGACAGCAGGGAGGCAUCACAGUUUCAAAGAGAUCUCUUGCCAAAACUGAUUUCAGAUGGAUGCCCCAGUUAACCUUUGGGAUCUGCUUCUCCGAGUUACAGCAGUGACCACCAACUGAAACUUCCCCUGCUCCAGCAUAGGAAGUGCUGGGAUGAUGAUUUUCUUGGGGCCUGCCUUGCUUUGUACCUGCCUUGGGGCCUGCCUUGCUUUGAGCUUUGGUGCAAAUGGCUUUGCAGAAUCCACUGAUCCAAAUCAGCUAUAAUGCUUAUAGGGCAGCUGCCUGUUCUCUAACUGACCUGACUAUCUCUGCUGUGAAAGGGCCUGCUGACGCCACCAGAAAGUGAUGUUGUCCCAAGACCUUGGGACGGCCCUGAAUUUUCCUUAUUCCAAUGUCUGGCUUUGGAGAGCAAACGGACACUGUGCCUGAGCCCCUCUCUUCUACCCUGUUUGCUGCAGAGCCCAAGGCCCAGAGUGCCUGGGAGGACCUUCCAAUGGUACUUGUGAUGUCCCCAGGGGUCCUGUUUGCCUUCUGUUGUCUCCAGCCCCCUCCCUUUUUUGCCUGAGCAGAAAGAAAAGAGCUGCUGAGUUAGUUAUUAUAGGAAUUUACAGGAUGAGAUGUUAGGUCCACUUAAGGAAUUAUUUAAUCAGAUACAACUAGGAGGGGGAAUUCCCCCCUCAUGGAGAACCUCUUUUAUUUCAUUGAUACCAAAAGAGGAACAGGAUUGUUCUAAACCUGGGAAUUAUAGACCAAUUUCACUUUUAAAUAAUGAUUAUAAGAUUUUUGUUAAAAUAAUAGUUAAUAGAUUAAUGUUGAUUCUGCAGCGAAGAAUUCAUAAUGAUCAAUCUGGAUUUAUAAAAGGGAGACAGAUGAAGAAUAAUGGUUAGGCAGAUUGUUAAUUUACUGGAGUAUCUAGAAAAGAAAAAUUUUAUUCCAGCAGCAUUUAUCUUUCUCGAUGCAGAGAAAGCUUUUGAUCGAUUGCAUUGGGAUUUUUUAUUUAAAUUAAUAGAA